GGGCGGAACUGCCUCCCUCACCCUUGCGCUUGCGAGGGGGAGGGCGGAAGCGACGGACGCGCGAGGGCGGAAGCUAUGGGUCCUGGGAGCGCCGCUUCCGGCGCCCGCGGAGCCGGCGCCGCGUUCGUGCUAUGGCGGCGCUGGGUCGGCAGGUCUUUGAUUGGCACCGUCUGACGCCCCUUACCUGGGCCCUCCUUGCUAGGCAGACUUGGCCUGCAGGACGGAAAAGGACGGCUGCUUUUUUGUUGCGUAAGCUAAUGACAGCCUCCAGUGGAGGGGGCCUUGAGGAGUCGUCCUUUGUUGAACCCCCAAAAUGUGCACAGAAACCAGAGCACAGAACAGGGCUGAGUCAGCGCCUCCUUGAGAAGCAGAGAACUCCUGUGUUGCAAGAGAAGUUUGUCAGUUCCCUCCGGGACAUGGGUUUUAGUGAUGUCCAUGUUAAUGAACUGCUCAGCAUACAGCCAGGUACCCACCCUCAACAGAUGCUGGACAUCAUUUCAGAAUUAAUACUUCUGGGUUUGAAUCCAGAGCCUGUGUGUGUGGCCUUGAAGAAAAGUCCUCAGUUAUUGAAACUGCCUGUGAUGCAAAUGAAGAAGCGCUCCAGUUACCUGCGAAAGCUGGGCCUUGGAGAAGGGAAAUUAAAGAGGGUGCUUUACUGUUGCCCUGAAAUUUUCACCAUGCGUCAGCAGGAUGUUGAAGUCAUUGUUGGGGUCCUUAAGGAGAAGUGCCUUUUCACCGCAAAGCAAGUCACCGAGAUUUUGCACAGGUGCCCGUAUGUUCUUCGGGAGGACCCUGGUGAGCUGGAGUACAAAUUUCAGUAUGCCUAUUUCAGGAUGGGGAUUAAACACGUGGACAUUGUGAAGACGGACUUGCUGCAGUACUCCAUGACCAAGACCAAGCAGAGACACAUGUUCCUGGAGCGGCUGGGCCGGUACCAGACCCCUGACAAGAAGGGGCAGACACAGGUCCCCAACCCUUUACUGAAGGACAUCCUCAGAGUUUCAGAAGCUGAGUUUCUGGCCAGAACAGCAGUUUCUUCUGCUGAGGAGUUUGAGGUUUUUAAGAAACUCUUGGCCCGGGAGGAAGAGGAGUCUGAGGGCUGCAUGGCUGACGAGGAGAGUCUGGAUGAGGAGGAAGAGGAGGACAGGGAGGAGGAGCAGGAGCUGUGAUGGAUGGACUGGAGUGAAGGGAGCCCAGAGAGAGGAAAGGUUAUUUUAAUUUCCUCAAAGCUUUUGGGAACCUCACUUCAUUCUUCUCAGGUUAUUUUUUAUUCUUAAACUGGUCUUUUGAUGAAAGAAUGUUUGGAAAUCACCUGAGAGGUAGACAGGCCAAACUAAGCAGCAGAUGCCUUGGCUUGAUCGGUCGGGUUUGGUGUGGAGGCCCUGCUCCAUCCUGAGCCACAGGCUGGGAGCGCCUGAAGUCGGGAGUUUGGUGUGGAGGGCCCUGCUCCAUCCGGAACCACAGGCUGGGAGCGCCUGAAGUCGGGGGCUCAGUGCGGCAGCGUCUGGUUUUGCUGUUUCUCCGUCAUCUGUGUUGGUGAUAAUUCUGUGACACAGUGGGGAUGUUUCUUCUGGUUCAGGAGUCAUUUUACAUCCUUCUAGUGACAAAGAGUUAGGAGAAGACAGUGAAGCCUUAGUACAUCACAACAGUUUAUUUUAAUGACAACAAGUAGCAGAUUUUCCACAAAAAUACUCAUGUUUUUAAAUAAAAAAUACUGCUUUGUAAUUGCGUUCAGUGUACAGCAGAGUAAAAGAAAGCUGACUGGUGA